ACUCUACUCUAGUAGUGUUCGAGUUUGCGUACGCUGUACGCGUCCCGUUCGACGCCGCCUGCGCUCUUUGUCCUCUCAUAAAUAUAAUAUAAAACUAUCGGACGCGAAAACAAACUUUUUGAAAUAAAGUGAAUGGGCGAGGUCAAGUGUGUGUGCGUUUGCAGUGUAUUAGUGGCGCUCGCGCGCAGUCUCCGUGCCGUGAAAUUAAAAUUUCUUUCUUAUUCAAAGUAGGCACUGACUGUUUCGAAUUGAAAGAAAUUGCAAGUUCAUUGCAGUUUCUGAUUUGCAUUUGUUUUAUACGCAAUGGGGAAAGUACGAUGUUAAAAAUACAUGAAGUGUGCUUGGUGCCGGCCUUUUGGCAUACUUUGCUGUUGUGGUGUGCUGGUUCAUGAGUCAUUGCGGGCUGCGAUGUAAACGAAAUGACGGACGUGCAGUUAAGCGAGCCGAGCAAGUGGCACCGUGGAGGUUUCUUGUCCUCCCUGAACAGAAGUUUUCGUUUGGCGAGUGGAAAAUCUAGAAGUGCCAACAGCUCCCCAGUUGAAAAUAAAUCUAUAGAAAAGAUAUUGGAAAUGAAUAGCACAGGUCUGAACACGUCGAACGAAGGCGCGUCGGCGCUGAAGCCGCUCGAGAUCGUCGCUCCGAGGAUUGACACCUACAGGUUCUCGAUGGCCAACCUCGAGGAGACGCAGGAUGCAGACCUCGACGCCAUCUUGGGGGAACUAUGCGCCCUGGACUCCGAAUACGACGAAGAGAUAUCAAGAGUUUCUUCCGGAUAUUCCUCAACUUCUAAGGAAAGGGAUGGCGAGGGAUGCUCUCAGAGGCCGGAGUGCAUCAAGGAGUGCAGUGAUGUCGCGUCAGGCAUCACCCGCACCGAUUCCCCUGACAAUGAUUCCGCUUUUAGUGAUACCGUAUCAAUGCUUUCGAGCGAGUCCUCCGCUUCGAGUAGCGCCAGUGCGAAAUGCAAAGCUUUAAAAUUAAACCUCCAUCAAAACCAAAAGGACGCAAGUUUCCAGCAAAAGGCCGACAAGAUUAAAUUAGCGCUGGAACGCAUGCGUGAGGCUAACGUUAAGAAAUUAUUUAUUAAAGCAUUCUCUAUGGAUGGUUCGUCAAAGAGUCUGUUAGUUGACGAGAAGAUGACCUGCGGCUACGUGGCGAGGCUGCUUGCCGAUAAGAACCAUGUCACUAUGGAACCCAAAUGGGCCAUAGUUGAACAUCUGCCUGAUUUACACAUGGAACGCGUAUACGAAGACCACGAGAUGUUAGUCGACAAUUUGAUGUUAUGGACGAGGGAAUCCAAGAAUAAGAUCCUUUUUGCCGAACGGCCCGAUAAGAUAUCACUUUUCCAGACUCCUGAAAAGUUCCUUUUAUCUGAGGACGAUAGAGGGUGGUCUAGCGAGCACGAUGAGCAUUCAAGACAAGUAAUCAUUGAAGAAUUCUUCGGCCAAAGCGGCGGAACCACCAGCUCGGUGCCGUCCAUAUCCGGACACCCGGUGCCGCCUAUGGAAGGACCUCUCUAUUUAAAGAGCGACGCCAAACGGGGCUGGAAGAAAUUCCACUUCGUACUUCGACCUUCUGGGUUGUACUACUCUCCUAAAGACAAGGUUAAGACGCUGAAGGAGCUGGUUUGCUUGGCGACGUUCGACACCAACGAGGUCUACAUCGGCCUAAACUGGAAGAAGAAGUACAAGUCGCCGACUGACUUCUGCUUCGCGAUCAAACACCCGAGGCUCCAGCAACCAAAGAGCGUUAAGUUUAUAAAGUUCCUCUGCGCUGACGACCAACGCACCUUGGAGAGAUGGGUGACUGCAAUGCGAAUAGCAAAGCACGGAAGGCAACUAUUGGAAAACCAUCGAACACUAGUCGAAGAGCUUACGCAGGAAGAUCUAGAUCAUCUUGCACAUGCGCGCUCUUGCUCAAUAACAUCAAUUCCAACCAAAACCAACAUAAACGUAGGAGUCGGCGUCAACAGCCCCGCCCAGUCCACCUCCAGCAACGUCAGUGUUGCCAACUCGGAUAUAAGCAGUGGACGGCACUCGCGGGCCUCUUCGUCCAGCUCCAGUGGCUGCCUCUCCGAUGGAGGGACGGCCUCGGAAAGUGCUUUCGACUGCGAGUUCCCUAUGGGAACGAUAAAGCGUAAGCCGUCCAUGAAGCCGAACAUCCCGCUGACUUGGAUGACGCGCCAGCUCAAGGAGAUGGUGGAGAAAGGCGACGGCGAUGACGGCGCCGGCGACUGCGCCACGCUCACGCGCCGCCCGCGUGCUCAGAGGACCGACGACUCUACGCUCAAGCGACACCACACGCUUGAAUCAAACGACAGUGUCGUGUACGGCUCGACCACCGGCAGCACCCUCAGCACCGCCAGCAGCCCCACUCGCCUCGAGCCCCCGUCGCCCUCCUACGGCCUCUACGAGACCAUCAACCGCGACCCCAUCUACCGCACCAGCGCCGACACCAGCUCCGCGCUCUACGGCUACACCACGAUAUACGACAAAGUGCAGAGGCCCCCCGAAAUUCCCCCAGUCGAAGAUUUACCUCUACCCCCACCCCCCAGCGAGGACAUUCCCGAUGGAAUGUUCAGCUCCACGCUCAGCCUGGACUCCCUGCCGCCUCCGCCGCCGCCCCUCGAACCGAUGGAAGAUCUCUGCGGCUCGCAACUCAGCCUUCCCCCUCCCCCUCCUGAGCAUGCUAUGGAAGCUAACACUGGCCGCGUUCACGAUAUCGUAAACCAACUGACCGCCCAGCAAAUAGAACAGGCGGCGCGCGCGGGGCAGUCCCGAACGAAUCGCAAUUCCGACGGGAGCCGCACGUUCCCGCGCCAGCCAUCCUUGGACAGCGUGCACUCCGAAGCUUCGCGAACCUCGUCUCUUCACUCUGACAAGAGUAUUUAUGGCCAAAACGCUGCCGCUUUCGGCGCUUGCCUAGUCGAACUGCAAACUAAAAAGAUCAGCAACGGAAGCCCGUCCAUUCAAAAGAAACUGACGAAUGAGCCCGCCAAGGAACGCACCGGAUCGAUAAAGAAAGUCAAUUUUGCGGACGAUCUUCCGACAAAUUCUGACAGUAGCAAGAAAAAUAAGAAAAUAACUUUCAACCUCUCGGACCCUGCCCCACCUUCGCCCCGCAAGCCACCGCCGCCCAAGCGGAACGAGAGCACGCGGCUUUCUUCGCCGAAAAAGUUGUCCGAUUCGAGCAGCAAUCCGCCUAAGGACUUUCUGAAAGACUUGCAGAGAGUGAUGCGGAAGAAGUGGCAGGUGGCGCAGAAGUGCAAGCUGGAGCCGGCGACGACGCCGCACGAGGUGCUCGGGUUCCGCGAGUACCCGCUGUCGCAGGACUACAAGGAGACGAGCGUGUCGAUGUGGAUCCAGGAGCACUACGGCGGGGGCGUGGAGGACCCGUUCUACGAGAACGUGUUCGGGCGCGAGCAGCCGCCGCGGCGCGAGGAGCCCAAGCCGAUCAAGAAGCGGCCGCCGCCCGCGCCGCCGCGCCGCAGCGACUCCACGCACCUCAGCUCGCACGCGCACGCGCCGCCCGCGCCCGCGCAGCCCACCGUGUGAACUGACCCUACCUACGGAAACUAACGAAACCUACACUUUGUAGAAAACGGUUUUAACAAGGUAAAUGACGUUGAUUCGCCGUUAUGGUGCGUUAUAAGCGCACAUUCAGUCCAAUGAUUUUGGUAUUUAUUACCUUUAAAACGUAUGUUAUGUAAAACGUUAUAAAUUGGAUAAAAGUCAAAGCAGUUUUUAUACUAAUGUAAUGCUCUCUGGUAUGAAAUGAUGGGGUUAAAUUAAGAAAUUCUAAAAGUUUAUAAAGGCAAUUUCUACAAUAGAUUACAUUUUGUGUUUAACACGUUUACUUACUGAAUUGACCAAUUUCGUAAUUAAAUUGCCACCAUUUUAAAAGAAAUUAGAAUUAAUAAUUUAUAAAAAAUUUUGAAAGGCGGUGCUAUUUUGGAAAGGUAUACUAAGAUAUGUAAGUUUGAAUUGGUCUACUCGUAACGGCUUGGACUGAACGUGAAUGAUGGUGAUGGUGUAACGUGGGCAGUGUAUAGUCGGCGAGGCCGUUACGAGUCGGCCGAUUGUAGGGAAGCAAAUGUACGAGUAUUUAUUGCACGAGUUGGAGUUUUGUCAAUUUUAUUUUAUGUUCCUAGUUAAUUAUUGCGUGUUAAACAAAAUUUACGGUCUGCCGUUGUAAUAAGUGGCGGAUAGUCAUGUGUGUCGACUUAUCGAUACGACUUAGGGCAGUAGCGUGAUUUGCACCCAAAUUCGACUAAAUAAAACAAACAAAACACAAUCCAGUGUUUUGUAAAUGUUACACUGCUUUGUAUCUCCCCAAAAAUUUCAUUAACAAUCGCAAUUGCAUAGUAAAUGCUUAUAAAUAAAUUUACCUAGCUAAUCACUAGCAUCAUUGAUGUCGUAUGUUACAAUAAACAUUCAGUAUUUUAUCUAGCUGUCGUGAACUACAUUUAGUUCUAUGAAUUUACUUUUUACGUGUAAUUUAUAAGAUAUUAUGUACCUAUGAGUAGUAAAUUGAUGUAUUCCUAAUUUGUGCCAUAGUCAAAUUAAACAUGCUACAAAGCUUUUUAUCACCAUAUAACCAACUGUUGAAUUAUGAAGAAAACUAACAUCGUACAGUAUGGAAUAAGUAGAAUAUAUCGUUAUCAAGUAGAUUUUGAUUUCUUUUCUGCUAAGGCCACACCUGUUUUUGGAACGUGGCUUGAAUCAGACUUGCACUUAUGCCAUGCUUAACUGUUGCUAUGAUAACUAUGUAAAAAGUACCUAUGUUAGCACAUACGAGUAUACGUUAUACCUUGCAAACGCGAAUCACUCGUUUACUUGCGAUGUGUGGCAGUAACUUCAAUCUGUUUAUAUGCUUACUAUCUAUAAAACUAGCUACCUUUCUGGACUGUGAAAUAGACGGGACGAAAUGAAAAAUGUACAGAACUCCAAUGUGUUUGAUCUCACUGUAGCCGAAGUACGCGUAUUUUUAUGUUUGGGCUGUGAUAAUGUCUGGCUUUUAUGAAACCUACCACCCGAAAUCAAUCUGAUUUUUGCUGCAUUUUAAAAUAUUGUCACAUUUUUCAUCCGAUCUAUUAUAAAAUAGGCUUUUGUUAAGAAACGAUUAUGAUGAACAGUAGGACAAUGCAUUUUUAUGUUAUUAGGUAAAAUUAAUAUCUUCUUAGAGGCUGCAUCUGCGUAGUUUAGGAUAAUUCGUCGCAAUGGUUUCUAUUAUUGUAAUUACUAUUAUUACACUAUAUUUAUCUUUGGAUCUAAAUUAUUAUAUUUUUUGUGGAAAUAUGAAUUGACGUUAGUAAUAGUUUUCGGGACUAUAGUUAUAAUGUAUUUAAAAAAAUAUGUCAUAGCAUCUAAUACCUACUUACUACAUGUUAUGUGUACAUAGGUACCUAAGUAGUGUCCUUUUAAUUUUAUUACUUGAACAUUGUCAUCGCCAAUGCUGAAAUACGAUAUUCGUGAAAAACGAAACCUACAAAAUACCUACUUGUACCUAGUUGAUUUUGAAUUCUUAGGUAGCUUAUAUCUAGCAAAUCCCUCCAAUUUAUCAUCGGAUUGCGAAGACUGAUCUAAAAAGUUGUAAUCUGAUUUUGACAAUAAACUUGCGUCCAAAAAUAUUUUGAAAACAGUUCUCGUCCCAAUUAUUUAGCAUUAAUUUGCAUGAAAAUUUUUGUUUACGCAAUUAGGUAACAUUUAACGCAAGUUCAUAGCAAAAUUAAAACGUAAAAUAUUGUAAAGCUUCCAUUUUUAAUUAACCAUAGACAAUUACACUAUUAAGGUGUCAUCAGACGGGCCAUUACUUUAUAAUUUACCGAAAUAAAGUAAAUUAAGGGCAUAAAAGAUAAAAUAAAUAACGUAGAAAUUAAUAACGUUUGGUCAGAUUUGGCCAUUUCCCAUCGCAACCUCUAAGUCUACUUACGUAUCAUUUUAUUAGUCACUCAACCUGCUGUAAACUUUUAACAUUUAUAGGUAGGUAUAGGUAAUAGGUAGUAUUCAAUGAAUUUUCACUGAAACCUUAUACUGUCUGAUAUCAUCUUAAAAUGUGAUUGUUUGCGAUAACACAAAAUUAAUCCAUUGUCCUUUUUAAUCUGCUCAGGCAGCAUUAGAGAUCCGUAAAUAAAUGUAUAGUUCUGUACCUAAGACUGAACUACGUUUUUAUCCUUGCAGCUGUUUUUGUAUAUCUUUAUUAACAAUAUUGAAGUAGACGUUACAAACAUAAGUUUAAGGUAGAAUAUGUAUAACGUUUUCAGUGUCUAUCAAAUAAAAAUAUCUUUAAUGUUCGUCAUGACAUAACCUUAUCGUAGUACGCUCUUAUACCAACUCAACUUACUUUCAGAUCUAAGAUUUAAUGUUGUCGUGAAAUUAUCCACUAGGAGAGAAAGCCCUAUGACAUGAGCUCACCUUUUGUAUUGUUCAUUUCUGUGCGGUUUUAAAUAAAGAUGUACCUAAGUAGAUGACACAAUUAAUUUCCCUCUAAACAAUGAGAAGAUUUAAUCAUAAAACAUUCCAUUAAAAUAUCACAACUAGACAAGGAUGUUGAUGAUACCAUUACUUUAAAAAACCUAAAAGCGAUGUUAAUCACGCAUUGAAGUCGUCGUCUUGUUUGUCAUUCUUACAAUUUAACUUUUGCUGUACGACUACGACUACCUACUGAGUUAACGUUUUUUGUUGAUGUAAGAAAUAUAGCUUAAGGGCAAAAACUUGACUUAUUUCUAGCAAAGCCCUCUAUAUUAGGGCCCCCUUUAUAUACUGACACACACUUCUUCGUUUUAAUAUACUAUAGAUGUUGUGGACACUGUACCUACUUAUUCUUCUGAAACCUGGGUAGACGAUUAUACACUGGUUAUUGUUUUGUAUUUAGUAUACAAUAUUUAUAGGUGUAUUCUAUUUCCAGUGUUUGCUAAUAUACUGUAGAAUCCGUGGUUAUUAAAUAAAUGUUUAGUGUAAUAGGAACAUUCGAUAUUUGGCCGGAAUUUGAGUCUUAUUUAGUUUACAGUAGGCGGACUAUGAAUCAGAUCUUUAAACCCAACUCCGUUGGUUAAAGUUACCUAUUGAGUACCGCAUCUUUUAAGUCAAAUCUUUUUCAAUCUUCCGACCCAGGUCAAUGUGACCAUUUAUUUUAGUUAUAUCUGUACAUAAUUUAAAUCUGUCUUAAGAACUAACUUGAGAUGUUUAUGCUAGACAUAGAUACGGGUCGAAUUCAUCAUCGUAACGUUAUGGUUUAAAAUGUGUAUUUAAAAAAGUUAUUCUACACUUUUAUGUAACGCAUUUAUUAGUAUCCUUAAUUAUGUUUACAUUGUACAGAACAAAUUAAUUAUAAUAUUAGUUUUUUGUAUAUUUUUUCAAAUAUAACAAAAUCCCAAAUAAAA